AUGGCAGCGGCGCGGCCCUGCUGCUUUAGCCGUCCCCGACUUCCGCUCCGAGGUGAUCGCUCCCCCGGCCGGAUGGGUGAUCUGGGCGUCCGGGUUGUGGGCAGAGGCUGCGCCGCGCCGAUGGAGCCGCGCAAGGAGAUGGUGGCGCCGUCGCUGGAGCAGCAGGGGCAGCAGCAGCAUCCUCCCCUCUUCAUGGAUUUCUCCCGACGAGAUGGAGUCGCAGAUGGCGGCAACGGGCGGAAGCGGCCGCGCGAGACCGUGGCGCCGCCGGCACGCCUCUUCUCCCUACAGGCGCCGCAGGGUUCUCCCGGGCACAAGGUGAUACACCUGGCGCAGCUGCACCGGCGGCCGGCGGCGACGGGCCUGCGGCUCGACUUCGACGAGGGAGGCUCGGAGCACGUGGCGUGCACGUCGUCGACGUCGUCCCUUCUCCCCGGCGAGCUCGCCGCUCAGUGCGGGCGGCACAACAACGAGAUCGACCGGCUGCUCCAGGAACACGCGGAGAGACUCCGGCUUGCGCUGGCCGACACGAGGCGUCGGCAGAACCGCUCGCUGCUGGGCGCCGCAGAGGCGCUGGCCGCGCGGCGGGUCAGGGAGGUGGAGGCGGAGACCUUCAAGGCGGCACGGCGCGGCGUCGAGCUGGAGGAGCGGCUGGCCAGGCUGAGGGCGGAGGCGGCGUCGUGGCAAGCCAAGGCAAUGUCCGACCAGUCCACGGCGGCCGCGCUGCACGCGCAGUUGCAGCAGGAAGCGGCCACAGCGCAGGCGAGGAGUGGCAAGGCCGCCGAGGAGGCCGAGGGAGCGGCGGACGACGCCGAGUCCGGCUUCAUCGACCCUGACAGGGUGGUGGAGGUGGUGGCCCCGCCACCGGCCAGGCCGUGCCGCGCGUGCCGGCUCCGGCCGGCCACCACCGUGCUGCUCCCGUGCAGGCACCUCUGCGUGUGCGCCGCGUGCGAUCCCGGCGCCUCUGCCUCCCAAGCCGGCACCGCCGCCGCCGCGGCCUGCCCCGCGUGCCGCUGCCCCAUCACCGGCACCGUGCAGGUCUUCUUCGCGUGA